UAUACAAGAAGGUUAAACUUUUUGUGGAGAAAAAUGAUCUUGCUUCAUGGAAUUCUGCAUGUGGACAUCUUGAAGGCCGAGGGAUUGCGACAUCCACUGGGGUUGCCCAAUGGUACUACGAGAUUAAGCAGGAGGAAGUGGUUGGCAAAGAGAUGUUCCUGUAUCAGGCGGGUCUCCUCAUGGUUUCCCGGCCGGCUCGCCGGCGACAUUCAGAACACGAUGGCGCGGACGCCAAGGGCCAAAGUAUACGCCACCGUCGACUUAGAUAAAGCCCGCGUUGGACGUACUCGCCUGUUUAUCGCUAGCGACCCCACUAACCCUCUCUGGGAUGAAUCCUUCCGCAUCUAUUGCGCCCAUAUGGCCGAUCACGUCAUCUUCACCCUCAAAUCCGACAAUCCCAUCGGCGCCACACUCCUGGGCCGCGCAUUUCUUCCCGCCACCACCCUCCUCAACAAUUACCUUAUCGACACCUUCCUCGACAUCUGCGAUGAAGAUCGUCGCCCCCUCGCCGGACGAAUUCACGUCAAAGUCCGGUACACCUCCAUCUUGGGCUACGAUGUCGGCGGAUGGGGAAGGGGAGUUCCCAAUACUUUCUUCAAGCAAAGGGAGAGAUGCAGGGUGACACUCUACCACGACGCACAUGUCGACGGGAGUUUUUUGCCGAGAAUACCACUCGCUGGUGGUGAGAUGUUUCGGCCGGGGCGGUGUUGGGAGGAUGUGUUUGAUGCAAUUUCGAGAGCGCAGAAUUUUAUUUAUAUUGCAGGGUGGUCGGUUUACUCGGAGAUUAGUUUGGUUAGGGAAAGGCAGAGAGCGGAAGCUGGGGAAACGACGAUUGGGCUGAUGCUGAAGAGGAAAGCUGGGGAGGGAGUGAGAGUACUGAUGUUGGUGUGGGAUGACCGGAGCUCGGUCGGUGAACUGAAGAAAGAUGGAGUGAUGCAGACGCAUGACCAGGACACGGCGGAGUAUUUUCGUGACUCAGCUGUUCACUGCGUGCUCUGCCCGCGGAACCCUGACGUUGGGGAGAGCUACGUCCAGGGUUUGGAGAUCGCCACCAUGUUCACGCACCACCAAAAAACCCUUAUAGUGGACUGCGCACGUACAGCGGCGAGAGAGACUGGGACGCGACUUCGGAAAGGAAGAGAGUGGGCGGCGGCGCGGCGGAGGAUUGUGUGCUUCCUUGGUGGCAUAGACCUCUGCGACGGGCGAUACGAUACGCAGAAGCAUUCCCUCUUUCACACACUUGCUAGAGAGCACCGAAACGACUUUCACCAGCCCAACUUCCCUGGCGCAGCAUUGAGGAAGGGAGGUCCGAGGGAGCCGUGGCACGACGUGCACUGCCGAGUAGAAGGUGCGGCAGCAUGGGACGUGUUGAGCAACUUCGAGCAGCGGUGGAGGAAGCAAGGAGCGGACGAUAAGCUUUUGCUACAGCUACAAGGUGGCAGCAGGGGAGGAUUAGUUGUUUCACUGGAGGAAGAAGAGGCGGCGGAGGCUAGUAGCAACAUCAACACCUGGAAUGUUCAGGUCGAGUAUGGUUCGACAUCGUCAAUAAUAAAUACGACGUGUGUUUUUGGAGUUUGUUGCAGCUUGUGGUCCGACAUGCUUUGCCCGCAGAUUCAGAGUAUCGGCGACAAUGAGACGACUGACCUUCGGCUUGGAUAUGAUGAUUCAGCGUGCAAUGGGAAGGAUUGCGGCUCUAGUGACGCAGUUUCAGAGGAGAUAGAGAUUCAUGUGAUCGGAGUAUGGUUCGACUUCAACAGCAGCAAUUCAAACAUGUUAUCAAAGUUUGUUGUCGCUUGUGGUCUGAUGUGCUUUGUCGGCAGAUUCAGAGGUUUGGCGGUAGACCAGUGGCAGGGAAACAAAUAUUUCGUGGGAAACUUUAAAGCGUUACUCCUAGGACGGAGGAAUUUCGGCUACAGGGAAAUUGUUGAGAAUUUCAGGAAAGGCGCUUGGGUGGAAUCAGGGAAAGGAGAGGUUAAGUACAUGGUGGUCACGAAGGUGAUGAAGGAAGCAAUAUCGAAGCAUGUCCUAUUGGAUGACUUGAGAGUUGACCAGGAGACUCUGAUAGUGUUCUGUGAUAGUCAAAGUACGAUAUUGUUGGACAUAAAUUUGGUUCAUCAUGCUCAUACUAAACACUUUAAUGUAAGAUACUACUUUGUUCGAGACUUGAUUGAUGACGACAAGGUUAUGUUGAUGAAGAUAGAUACGAAGGAGAAUCCAAUAGACAUGCUCACGAGGAAAGCCGAAGUUCAGAGAAGAAGGCGAUUCGACUUCGACAGUUUGCAAAGGGUUAGUGACCAGCAAAGGAUUCAGGAUUGCGCAAGAAGGCUUCGGAGAUUUUACUUUGGCGAAUUCGACGAAAGGUUUCGGUUGAGGAAUAUGCAGAAAAUUUCGUUGCAGGAUUCUUUUCAGAUGGCAAUUUAUGGUGCAAAAUUUAUGGUGAUGAAGUUUGAAGGAACUGACUAUGCAGGUAAUUUCGAUGAUAGAAGGUCUACAACUGAGUACAUGUUUACUCUUGGUGGAGGGCCUAUAUGUUGGGAAUCAAAUAUUCAGUCUAUUAUGGCAUUAUCUACAACUAAAGUUGAGUACAUGGCAGUAGCUAAAGCUACAAAAGAAGCUUUAUGGCUUGCUGGGCUAGUAAAAGAACUGGGUGUUGAGCAAGGUGGAGUUCAGUUGCAUUAUGACUGUCAGAGUGUCAUUUAUCUGGCCAAGAACCAGUUGUACCAUGUGAGACCAAAACAUGUUGAUGUCAGGGUUAUAUUGGAUGAUGAGUACAUAAUUGUGGGCUCAGCCAACAUCAACCAGAGGUCAAUGGAUGGAGGAAGGGACACUGAGAUCGCCAUGGGAGCUUACCAGCCCAACCAUUUAUCUUCCUUCCAACCUCCAAGAGGUCAGAUCCACGGCUUUCGUCUAUCACUCUGGUGCGAGCAUUUGGGAAUGAUUGAUGAUGCCUUCCUCCACCCUGAAAGCAUGGAGUGCAUCCUCAAGGUGAGGAAGAAUGCAGAGGAGAGAUGGUUGUCCUACUUUGGAAUUCUUCUAUAUGGUGACUUAUCGGGACACCUACUAAGUUACCCUAUCAGUGUCGAAAAUAAUGGCAAGAUUGCUAUGUCAUCGGGGAUGGAGUUCUUUCCUGACACCAAAGCUCGGGUUCUUGGCACCAAGUCUGACUACCUUCCUACAAUUCUUACUACUUAGGUGUUAGCUUGGUGUUGCUUAUAUUUUAUGUCACAUGGAUUCAUUUAUGUUUGUUAAGGAAAUGAUUUGAUGUCACAUUUGUGAUGUUUGUUUAAGAGAAAAGGAAAAGGAGCAUUUUACUAUUUGCAUUUGUGUAAGUUGCCUAUUUGA